AUGCAGUACACGACAGAUGCUGUGAUGGGCGAGAAGCUAGUGGAGAAAUACAUCACGAAGGAUUAUCAGGAGGCAGUGAGCAAUGUGUUAUCCGAGGCGCUGAACGGAGUCGAGACCGCCAACUUUGAAUUUCCGUUGAUCACAAAGGCUGGCCGUCGCGUGGAAAUACUGCUAAAUGCCACGCCGCGCUAUAAUGAGCACGGCGCUGUGAUUGGGGUUGUUGGCAUCGGCCAAGAUAUAACAAAUCGAAUCGCACAGGAGCAAGAGUAUAUGAGGCUGAUUGAUACUGCCAAUGCUCCAAUAUUUGGAGUGGAUUCGGAUGGUCGUGUAAAUAUCUGGAAUCGAAAAGCUGCUAAUAUUAUGCAGUAUACGAACGGUGAUGUGUUAGGCAAGGAUCUUGUUGCUGAAUUUAUUUCGGAAGAAUAUAAAUUGCCUGUUCGGUGCGUGCUAGAAAAGGCAUUUAAAGGUGUGGAGACAGCAAAUUUUGAGUUUCCAUUGAUCACAAAGACUGGUCGGCGUGUGGAGAUUCUAUUGAAUGCCACUCCACGUUAUAACGAGCAAGGUGAGGUUAUGGGCAUGGUAGGAAUUGGACAGGAUAUUACGGAUCGUAUCGCACAAGAAAAGGAGUACAUGCGUCUGAUUGACACAGCUAACGCUCCCAUAUUUGGGGUCGACUCAGAUGGUCUGGUAAAUAUCUGGAAUCGAAAGGCUGCCGAUAUCAUGCAGUACACUACUGAAGACGUGCUAGGUAAAGAUCUUGUCGCUGAAUUCAUUUCAGUAGAAUACAAGAUUCCUGUCCGCAGUGUCCUUGAAAAGGCAUUCAAAGGAGUAGAGGCGGCCAACUUUGAGUUUCCUUUGAUUACAAAAGCCGGUCGACGCGUUGAGAUCCUUUUAAACGCCACACCUCGUUACAAUGAACAAGGUGAAGUGAUGGGUAUGGUAGGCAUUGGCCAGGAUAUCACUGAUCGCAUUGCUCAGGAGCAAGAAUAUAGUCGUUUGAUCGACACAGCUAAUGCUCCAAUUUUCGGCGUGGAUGCCAAUAUGUGUAUAAAUAUAUUAAAUAACAAGGCUGCCCAAAUCACAAAUUAUGCUUUCGAGGAAGUUGUAGGCGAGAAGUAUGUUGAAACUUUUAUUGCUCCGGAGUACCAAGCUAUCGUUUAUGAAAUUAUGUCGAAGGCAUUGCAUGGAGAUGAAACGGCAAGUUUUGAGGUGCCAGUAAUCACAAAAACCGGUCGAAAGCUCAAUAUUCUUCUGAAUGCCACAGCUCGUUUUGACCAGCAUGGCCAUAUUGUUGGUGUCGUGGGAAUUGGUCAAGACAUUACCGAUCGAAUUGCACAGGAGCAGGAAUAUGCACGACUGAUUGACUCUGCCAAUGCCCCCAUCUUUGGCGUCGAUGCGAACGGUCUCGUUAAUAUCUGGAAUAAAAAAGCAGCUGAAAUUACGCAGUACACGCCGACCGAUGUUAUGGGUGAGAAUUUGGUGGAAAAGUUUAUUACAGAGGAUUACCGCAAAGCAGUUAGUCUUGUUCUAUCGAAGGCGCUGGAAGGUAUCGAAACAGCAAAUUUCGAAUUUCCGCUGGUGACAAAGUCUGGACGGCGCGUUGAAAUUUUGCUGAAUGCAACACCGAGAAACAAUGAACACGGGGAAGUGAUCGGCAUGGUUGGCAUUGGACAGGAUAUUACUGAUCGGAUUGCCCAAGAGAAGGAAUACAUGCGUCUUAUCGACACAGCGAACGCCCCUAUAUUUGGCGUGGACUCGAAUGGUCUUGUAAAUAUCUGGAAUCGAAAAGCUGCAGAUAUCAUGCAGUAUACGACCGAAGAUGUGUUGGGUGAGGAUCUUGUGGCCAAAUUUAUCUCGGAAGAAUAUCGCGUAGCUGUUCGAUGUGUACUAGAAAAGGCUUUUGAAGGGAUAGAGACCGCUAACUUUGAGUUUCCGCUAAUAACGAAGGCUGGCCGACGAGUGGAGAUCUUGCUGAAUGCUACGCCUCGUUACAAUGAGCAAGGUGAAGUGAUGGGAAUGGUUGGCAUUGGCCAGGACAUUACAGAUCGUAUUGCACAGGAACAAGAGUAUAGUCGUCUUAUUGAUACGGCAAAUGCCCCAAUUUUUGGCGUAGACGCAAAUAUGUGCGUGAACAUUUUGAAUAAGAAGGCAGCACAGAUCACAAAUUUUGCUUUGGAUGAAGUGCAAGGAGAGAAGUAUGUUGAGACGUUCAUUGCUACUGAGUAUCAAGCGAUAGUGUAUGAGAUCAUGUCAAAUGCACUUCAGGGAAAUGAAACGGCAAGCUUUGAGGUGCCCGUAAUCACCAAGACUGGCCGUAAGCUUAACAUUCUGCUAAAUGCAACUGCCCGCUUCGAUCAGCAUGGGCAUAUUGUUGGAGUUGUAGGUAUCGGCCAAGACAUCACAGACCGAAUUGCUCAGGAGCAAGAAUAUGCUAGAUUAAUAGAUUCAGCUAAUGCUCCAAUUUUCGGGGUUGAUGGUGAUGGUCUCGUGAAUAUCUGGAAUAAAAAAGCGGCUGAAAUUACGCAACACGCGCCAGCUGAUGUAAUGGGUGAGAAUCUGGUUGAGAAAUUUAUUACUGAAGACUAUCGUGAUGCCGUGAGUCUUGUAUUGUCGAAGGCACUGGAAGGCAUUGAAACCGCCAACUUUGAGUUCCCAUUGAUGACCAAGGGAGGAAGGCGAGUCGAGAUUCUGCUUAAUGCUACUUCGCGAUUUAAUGAACACGGAGAAGUCAUUGGAAUGGUUGGGAUUGGUCAGGACAUCACAGAUCGUAUUGCUCAGGAACAGGAGUACAGUCGCCUUAUUGACACAGCCAAUGCUCCUAUAUUCGGUGUUGACUCCAAUGGCCGCGUUAACAUCUGGAAUCGGAAAGCUGCCGAUAUCAUGCAGUAUACAAAUGAAGAUGUGUUGGACAAGGAUUUGGUUGCCGAAUUUAUCUCGGAAGAGUACAAGGUGCCUGUGCGAAGUGUGCUCGAAAAGGCGUUUGAGGGCGUUGAAACUGCAAACUUUGAAUUUCCAUUGAUCACGAAAGCCGGUCGGCGUGUCGAAAUUCUUCUGAAUGCAACACCGCGUUAUAAUGAGCACGGCGAAGUUAUGGGAAUGGUUGGUAUCGGUCAAGAUAUUACAGAGCGUAUUGCCCAGGAGCAAGAGUACAGCCGUCUAAUUGAUACGGCAAAUGCUCCGAUAUUUGGUGUAGAUGCCAAUUUGUGCGUAAACAUCUGGAAUAGAAAAGCUGCUCAGAUCACAAAUUAUGCUAUUGACGAAGUUAUGGGCGAGAAUCUUGUCGAGACGUUUAUUUCUCCUGAGUUCCGACCAAUCGUGGCUGAAGUGCUCUCGCAAGCGCUGAGGGGUGUCGAGACAGCAAACUUCGAGUUUCCGCUGAUUACUCGUCCAGGCACACGCAUCGAAAUUUUGCUGAAUGCGACACCGCGGUACGAUACAGAUGGCAGCAUUGUCGGUGUUGUCGGUAUUGGACAGGACAUCACGGAUCGCAUUGCCCAAGAACACGAGUACUUUAGACUGAUUGACACCGCAAAUGCACCAAUCUUCGGAAUUGAUACAAACGGCUGCAUUAAUGAGUGGAAUCAAAAGAUCGAAGAAAUCACCGGCUACCACAAGUCCAGUGUGUUGGGUCUGUCGUUGGUACACACAUUUAUUAUCCCAGAAAGUAGACAACAAGUUCGACAAUUGCUUAAUCAAGCGCUUAUUGGAAUUGACGUCGGUGAAAUGGAGCUUCCGAUGACAACAAAGCGUGGCGUGUUUCUGCUGCUUCUUGUAAAUGCAUCCAGUAAGAAAGACAUGCACGGAAAUAUCCGUGGUGUGAUCGGUGUGGGUCAAGAUUACACGGCGAGGAAGCACAUGGAAGCUGCCAAGGUGAAUUUCUUAGCUUCGUUUAGUCACGAGCUACGAACGCCAUUAAAUGGUGUGCUGGGCAUGCUUGAGCUAUUAAAGGAGCAACCACUUGCAAAGGCCCCAGAACGAUAUGUGCAUAUGGCUUACGUGUCGGGCUCGCUUCUUCUAAACCUGAUCAAUGACAUUUUGGACUUGUCCAAAAUUGAAGCUGGGCACUUAGAACUUUCGGCUGCGCCGUUUCAAAUGCACGAGCUACUCGACUAUUCGAUCGAAAUUUUCAAGUUCAAGGCUCGAGAACGUGGCCUAAAACUCGAGCUUAAGUGUGACGAUAACGUUCCUAAGGUUGCCAUCGGCGAUGUUGUGCGUCUACGUCAAGUAUUGCUGAAUUUGCUGUCGAAUGCAAUAAAGUUUACGAACGAAGGCUCUAUCACAGUUACAUGCAGUGUUGUGUACACCCCAGAGCUUCCGAAGGCAUUUAAAAAGCUUUUGUUUCAAGUUAUUGAUACAGGAAUCGGCAUGGAUGCUGAGGAAAAAAUGCGUCUCUUCUCGCUAUUUACAAAGCUGGAGCGUACUCGUCAGAACAAUCCCACUGGAUCUGGUUUGGGCCUUGCAAUCUGUAAGCAACUUGCGGAGCUUAUGGAUGGUCAAAUUGGAGUUGAUAGUGAGUUGGAUGUUGGCAGUAAUUUUUAUUUUACUGUGGUGGUCAGACUCCUUGAUGAUUUGGAUGCAAAAGGUUUGUUUUACACCGCCAAUGACUUACUCACUGAUGCAUCGGAUGCUGCAUCUCCUAAUGAGGACAUUUCAAAUGUAAAUUCGAAUGACAGUGCAGCCAGCUCUGCGGCCGCGAAUGGUGUGUUAAACUCAAAGGUUGUUAUUCCCAAACAAGCAAGAAUUUUGGUAGCUGAAGAUAAUGAAUUCAACUGGGAGGUUGUGAAGUGCUUCCUUCAGGAAGCCGAUCACUAUUUACAGUGGGAAGUGAAUGGUAAAGAUGCAUUUAAUGCUUACACAGAGAAUACUAGCAAGUUCGACCUGGUCUUUAUGGACUGUGAGAUGCCUGUUAUGGAUGGGUACACUGCCACGAAAGCAAUUCGUCAAUUUGAGCAGGACAACAACCUUCCACGCAUUCCGAUCCUCGGUUUAACGGCUUACGCCAUGAGCGGGGACCGGCAAAAAUGCCUGUUGUCUGGAAUGGAUGAAUUUAUGGUGAAGCCUAUUUCGAAACACAGUUUGCUAAAGGCUAUUCGUCAGUGGAUGCGUAUUCGCUAUAUUGGACCCAAAACGACCACUCCUUCCAUUGUCGAAUUGGAUGACAACCCUUGUGAUUUGCAAGAUGUGAGUGCUGCUGCACCGGCUAUAGGUGGGUCUAUCGCUUCGCCGCUUUCAUCUGGCAUUCGCGAAAGUCAGUCGGACUUUGUACCUACAUCAUACCCAGCAACUUCUCCAACCCCACGUCAGUCGUUCGACAGUGAGGCUGAUGAUACCGAUGUUUUUAACAAUUCGCCCGGUGCGGGCCCGAGGCUUGCUCCUGCCUCGCGUCACAUGCAGCAACUUGAUCUGGCGCGCGCAAUUUCAAAUUUAGAGCUUGAUGAUCCGAUGGCCAUCCGACGUCAGAUCGUGUCUACAGUGCGCACGGCAGUUCCUACAACAUCAAUUUUUAGUUUAGGUUCCUCAAUUGGAAAUAGUACACGUUCGAGUGGUUUGCUAACGCUCCAACGUGACACUGGGGGUGCCAUUGUUGAUAUUCCUGACUGGAAACAAAUUCACAAAACUUCUGCUACACUGCCAAAUAUGAAAGACAAGCCGAUGGAAGGCACGGAAACUACAGAACACGUUUCUUCCCAUAGUAACCCGACGCUAUGGAGCCACCCGCCUUUUGUAGGAUGCAAGAAAGACGCAACGUCACUUUCUACCUCUUCUCAGCACCCUUUGUCCCCUACCUCCACUAAUGAAGUCAAAUGUGCCCGUGGUAGAGCGGCGACUGAUGCAGGUCAAUUUGAAAACAAAUCUCCGCGCUUGCAGCAGUUUGACGCAGACAAGAUUUCUGACGAACACGUGACAGGAGGUCCGAUUGCAGCACUGCUAGAGCGAUUCAUAACCAGCAGCCCAACAGCUAUAAUUGGCGCUAAAGGUUCGGGCACUGCUGAUCGUUCGAGUGGCACAUCAGAAAGCGAAGCCGCGAUACGUGUAACCAUGAAUCCUGACAGUAUUAUCAUCCCUGAGGGUGACCCUGUGGACUACUCCUUGGGUGUCAAACAAUGUGGCAGCCAGGAAGAUCUCUUUUUAAGCUUGCUUGAAAAAUUUACUCUGAGUUCAGAAGCAAUCAUGUCACGAAUCUUGGCAGCACAUGAGCAAGGUGACAUCGCGUUGACUCGGCGAGAGUCUCAUUCACUGAAAGGAUCGUCGGCUUAUGUCGCUGCGACUCGGGUCUCUAAAGCUGCAUUCCGUGUACAAGUUGCUUGUGAGCAGCUCCAGCAGUGCCAAGUAGAAACCAGCACGGGCCAAGAUUUGGAUGUGCACAGUGAGACUGUCGUGCUUUCCCUCAAGCAAUCGCUGGAAGACUCAAUCACCUUACUCAAAAGCGAGCACCGACAUUUGCGCGGGUAUCUUCGCCGCAACUUUGAAUUUCGCGAUUUAUCUAGGAGUGAAAAUGUUUCUACAGCUGCAGCGGCGAAGCACGUAAGAAAUAUAUCACAAGAACACACCGACGGACCUUGCGGGAUCAUGUAG